GAGAGAAGAGAGCCACAGCUGAGAAACUGCCGCCAUAAGCUCGGGCUGUAGGCAGGCCUGUAGUGCAUUUUCUUAAUUAAUGAUUGACGGGGGAGGGGCCAGCCCUGGGCUGGGGUCCUGGGUUCCAUCUAUAAGCAAGCCAUGAGGAGCAAGCCAGUAAGCAGCCCUCCUCCACGGCCUCUGUAUCAGCUCCUGCUUCCAGGUUCCUGCCCUGCUUGAGUUCCUGUCCUGACUUCCUUUGAUGAUGGACUGUGCUGUGGGAGAGUAAGCCAAAUAAACCCUUUCUUCUCCAAGCUGUUUUGGUUAUAUCAAUAGAAACCCUCACUAAGACAAUAGGCCUGGGGAUGUGUAAUAGCUCAGCUCGUAGACACUUGCUUAGUUAGUAUGCAAGAAGUCCUGGGUUUAAUCCCCAACAUCAGAGAACAUCAAGUAUGAUGGCAAACAUCUAUAUAAACCCAGAGGUAGAGUCAGGAAGGUCAGAUGUUCAAGGUCGUCAUCUGCUGCAAAUCAAUUACCAGCCAGCCUGGGAUACAUGAAACCUUGCCUUUAAAAAACAAAACAAAACAAAAACCAGUAGUGCAUGCCUUUAAUCCCAGCACUUGGGAGGUAGAGGCAGGCAGAGCUCUGUGAGUUCGAGGCCAGCCUGAUCUACAAAGUGAGUUCCAGGACAGCCAGGACUACACAGAGAAACCCAGUCUUGAAAAACCAAACCAAACCAAACCAACCAACCAACCAAUCAACAACAACAAAAAACCAACCAAACAAACUAGGGAUGGCAGGAAAACUCCAGUUGUAAAGGUGUCAGCCUCACAAGCCUGACCCGCAUUUACUCUCUGGAGCCCAUGUAAGGUAGGAGAGAGCCAGCGCACAUAGCUGUUCUGUGACCUCCCGGUGCACGCUCACAUGCCAUACACAAAUACUAAAUUAAAAUGUAAGUCUUUACCAACUAAACUAGUGUGUGUGUGUGUGUGUGUGUGUGUUUACUUUUAGACCUUGCUCACAUUCCGAGCUUCACUUAAUCUUGCUGUAAGUUGCAAGCUUUGAGGACUGGCUUAGCAAACCACAGAAGCACGUACAGCUAUGUUUUGGGGUUGUACACUGCCCUUCCCUCCAGGACUCUUUGUCUAAAUACCCACUGUACUAACUGCUUUGUUCUCUCUGGUCCUGGAGUUCUUUUCUGGGGCAUAGUCAAGGAUCUGGCUUUACCUGAGCAGGAGCAAAGGUCCCUAAGCCGGAAGAGAACUCCUCAGGGAACGAGUGCCUGUGUCUCCAGGCCGCAUCACUGUUGAGAAUCUGAGCCAAUGCUUUUCAAACUCGAGUCUGCAUGCAAACCUCGUGAAUAUGUUGUGGAAAAGUAGGUUGCGAUUCAGUGGCAUGAGUUCCUCCAGUCACUUGGAGAGGGGAGGUGCAGCAUCUCAGGUUCCAGACCUUCAUCUCACCUUCACCUGUCAGAGCAUGUGCCUACGCACGUGUCUCCUGCAUCAGAAGAGCAAGGGUGAGCAGAAGAGAGAAAAGGAGAGAAGUGGAGACUGAAAGCAGCGCUGUGAUUGGCUGUGCUUCUCCAAACUGGUGCCUGCUGGGGAUACUCAAAAGGGAUCACAGUUCCUGAGGUUCGAGACUCACCCAGUGUUCCUUGUACAGCCAUGGCCAAGCAGUUCUGGACCUCCUGUCUUUUCCCACUGUUUCUAGCUGCCUUGUCUCAGGGAACUAUGGAUCCUCAAAAAACAAAGGUGGAUUGUGACAAAGGGGUGGCUGGCACCAUCUAUGAGUAUGGAGCCAAGACCCUGAACGGUGGGGAGUAUGUCCCGUUCCAGCAGUAUGCAGGGAAGCACAUCCUCUUUGUCAACGUGGCAUCCUUCUGUGGCCUGACAGCUACUUAUCCCGAACUGAACACAUUGCAGGAGGAGCUGAGGCAGUUCAAUGUCAUUGUUUUGGGCUUUCCUUGCAACCAGUUUGGAAAACAAGAACCUGCAAAAAACUCAGAGAUCCUCCUUGGACUCAAAUAUGUGCGUCCAGGAGGUGGCUAUGUCCCCAAUUUCCAACUCUUUGAGAAAGGGGAUGUGAAUGGAGAAAACGAACAAAAGUUUUUUUCUUUUCUAAAGAAUUCCUGCCCUCCCACCUCUGAACUUUUGGGAUCUUCAGAAUAUCUCUUCUGGAAUCCCAUGAAGGUCCAUGACAUCCGCUGGAACUUUGAGAAGUUCCUGGUGGGGUCUGAUGGGGUCCCUGUCAUGCGCUGGUUCCACAUGACUCCUGUUAGCACUGUUCAGUCUGACAUCAUGGAGUACCUAAACCAAACCCGUACCCAGUAGGAUAUGCUUUACAAAGAAUGUCUUUGCUCCACUCCAUCACCAGCCUCCAGAUGACCAGAGCAUGCAACACUACCUGCGUCCCUACUAAUGCAUGUGUGAACAGCUCUGCAUGAAUGUAUACAGACGGGUCUCUGUGGUAGACGUGUACAUGCAUUGAAAAUUAAGUCAAAGAGAAUCUUUCUACCCAAAUAUCUGCCUCUGCUAUAUCAAGUUUUCCUAAUCUAUUCCAAAAGGAAGUCAUAUUUUAGAGUUGAUGAUCCAGACAAUCCCAUUCAUCUAAAAAAGCAACCCCUCUAAAGGUCCUAAUCUAUCACUCACUGUCUCGAUCAGUUAAAGAAAGUGGAAAUGGGUAGCAAGAUCCUUUGGUUCCCUUCCCAGCCUCCUCUCCUCUCAAGCUGGGAAUGCUUUGUCAAGCUCUUCUGUCUAGCCCCCUUGGUGGCACACCAUCCUGUAGUUUUCUUAGGGGAUUCUGAAGGCUGAGAGCAGAAACCUUACCUGGCAUGAAGGGAGGGCCAUCUCUACCCUGGUAGGCCCCAAGGCCCCUCUGGAUAAGACCCUACCAGAGCCUUCCUGGGUGCCUUUCUGCUAGUGAAUUUGGGUUCUGGCUCCUAGUCACAGAUGUCCUUCACACCAGAUGAUGCACUUCACUCUCACCCUGACUCUUCCCAACUUUAAAUUUAUCCCUAUUAACACUGUCUCAUGAUAAUGAUCAAUAAAUAAUCAAAGAACCAGCA